AACUUGGUUCUCCUAGAAUUGCCAGUGAAGGUGAAGGAGGAUUGUUCAAUAAGACGAAAAAUGCAGUGAAUGUGAAAGCCAAUUUCAUUCACUCGAUCCAUUCCUUCGUGAUUACAUUACUAGUUAGGCGGCUUAACCUCCUCUGCGCCGAAGCUUGGACGGUGCCACUCGUCGAAUCACUGGCUUGCUCCCAGCUUGGAAAGAGCGAUGGCUGGGAAUUGGGCCGCGACUUCCUCUGUGAGACGGCGCUGGAUGGAGUGGACUCAGAUCCAAGACUGGGGCUUCCUCCGACACUGGACGGGCUGCCAUUGUUCUUUCACAACUUGAACCUAAACCCUCCCCAUGCCAACACUGAACUUGGCUACCUAGAGAUCCGACUUGCUUCUGCUGAGGGCCUGUACACGGCUGCUCUAGUUGACAGUGCAACAUGGAACCGAAUUUGAAUUGCAAUGUGCAAGAGUGUGGCGCUCAGCUCACAGGGCAGGCAGUUGUAACAGUGUGCAGUCAUGCCAUCUGUCUGCAGUGCGCGAAGGGUAACGGGUUUGGAGACCAGCCGCCCUACACUUGCCCUGUCUGCAGGCAGCCUCUAAGUGCCGCGGAAGUCUGCGAACAGCAGCUCUAUCCUUCUGAAGAGUGGAAAUCGGUCGCUCUCUGCGGUCUCGGCCCAACCGUCGUCAUGGAAUGCGCAGGAAGAGCUCUAAGUUUCUGGUCGUAUCAGAUGGCGAACCAAAUCUCAUGGCAAAUACGGAAGAACAGCAACUUGAAGGAUUAUUGCGGAGAGCUUCAAGGGGAGAUUCAGAAUAUCUGGGCCCAGGCAAACCAGAGAAUCACCUCACUGACAACGAAGAUGAAAGGGAUGGAACGGGAGGAGUAUGAGCUCAGGCGGAAGUGUGAAGAGCUCCGUCUCGCCCUGGAGGACCGGACUAAAGAGCUCUCCCAAUCUCGGGAGCUCUACAGCAAACUGAAGCAUAGGGUUUUACUCAAUCAGACCCAAGACAUCGCUCCCGGCAUUGCGAGAUCACAAACCCCUGUUAAUGCAGGCGCCGCUUUGGACGCGAGUCGUGGCCAUACACCAUCUCAACCUCCACGUCCCGGCAUACCUGUCGCUGCCAGAGCCGGGGUGUCUAAUUAUUUCCCGGCCAGUCCCCGGUACUCAAAGACCCAGCCCAGUUCAAAUGAGCGGUCGGAGUGGAACAAACCGGCGUUCUCUCACCGUAGGUGUUGCCUCCCAUAA